AAUGUCAAUGUCCAUUGUCAGAUUGUCAUUCAAACAUGAAGUAUUCUUAGUUCUUAUUCUGGUUAAAAUUUUGAUCUUUCAUCCAGUUUUAUAUCCUUCCUAGAUUUAAAUCGCAUAGUGAAUAAAGAUUAUUGUUAUUUAUGGCCAAAAAAUGAAAAAGCUGAUUGAUCGGACAGCAUACAGAUUUUUUUGGACCAAAUUUUGCCGAGCAUCCAGCUGUUUUAGAUCUAUUCAGAAUAAUUAUUCAAGUAUUCAUGCUUCAAGGAUUCCUAGGACAACAAAACCAUUUAUAUUGGGAUUUUCCCUAUUCACUUGGCUCGGAUUCGAUAAAAAGCUAACUGCUGAAGAUGAACUUGUUCACACCAUUAAGCAUUGCAUUUUGUUUAUACAGAAGAAUGAAUAUGAAAAGGCUGAACAGUUACUUCAUGUAGCGUUAAGACAAGCUCAACAGAUUCAUCAUGAACUUGGAAUCACUUAUAUUUACGACGUUAUGGCGAAUUUAGCGCUGCAGAGGGAAGAGCUAGACAAAGCAAAGCAGCUUUUUAUUGUUGUAACACAAAGAAUUAUGGGAAAUGGUACCUCAGAAGAUGAUCCUAGAGUGUUACAUCUCAGUGUCAAAUUGGCAAGAGUGUGCCAUCUGAAGAAGGAUUAUACAACAGCUCAGUUGGGAUUUGACUGGUGUUUAGAGAAACUGUAUAAAUUAGCAGAAACUGAUCCUUCACCAAAUACAAAACAGCUGCUAUCUAUGGCUGAAGAUUGGUGCGGGCGUCUGUAUCUAGACGUUGAUAGGUGUGAAGAUGGCCUUAAGCUUAUGAAGAACUCCUUAGAUAGGAUGAAAGAGUUGCCUGAUUUUGAGACAGAACAUCUUGUGGUGCAACUGAAUGACAUUGGCACUGUGUGUGAUCGUUUAGGUCAGACAGAUGAGAGUAUAAAAUAUUUCAAAGAAGCCAUUGAUUUGGCCAAGUCCCUGGAGAUGGAUGACUUAGGAACUAUGUAUGUUAAUCUAGGAAGGGCAUAUCUAAAAACAUCAUUACUAGAUGCAGCAAGGAAAUCUUGUGGCCAAGCUUGGAAAUUAGGAGUCCUCGCCAAAAAUCAGGGUGUCAAACAAGAAGCUGAACUAUGCAUAAAACAAAUAAACAAUCUUCUUUAGACAAUGUUUUAUUUAAGAAAAAUAGAGUUGGCAUGUUUUCCUUAUUGUAAUAUUGUAUAACUAUUGUGAACUAAAUUAAUAAAAUCUCAAUGUCCACCAUUAUGACAACGAAAAUGUGGCACAAAUUAA